CGGCCGCGCUCUGUGCGCAUGCGUGACUGUUGAAGUUCUGGACUGAGCUCCGGGCGGCUCACAAAGGUGGUUGUAUUCUUCGUACACGAGGCAAUAAGGCGCACAGGCCGAGGCACGACGCAGUCCCGGACGGCGAGAGACGCAGCGGAUGAAGCCACCGUGCUAUCAUGGUUGGUGAACGCCGCAAUGGAAACCUCUUGGUCCAACUUAGCCCACAUCUGCAGGCUUUUCCGGAGGAACUCAUCCGUCAACGAAGAACCUAUGAUGGUCAGACAGAGUACCUGAUACGAUGGUGUCUCAUCAACACCGGCGACCGCUCAGGCAUGGCGGUCAGGGAUGCCAUCGGAGUCGAGGGUGCCUGCUCCCGAAACGGUGGCUCGACCAGUUCCGCCUCUGGGGAUGCCAAGCAGGAAAACAUCCUCAUGUGGAUGACGACGGAGGAUGUCUAUGCAAACUGCCCCGCUCUGCUGGGUAAGAGGAAACUAGACUCGCAGCGCCCUCUGCAGGAGAAUCUGCAUUUGAAGGAGGCGUCAGCUGGGGAUGGCGGCCAGAGGAGUUUGGAGGAGAUUGCCAGUGACGUGACGUUUGACGAGGUAGAGCUGUUGGACAUGAAGGAGGAUGUGAAGAACCUGGUGCUGCGUGCCCGGAGGCAGAUGGCCAAGACCAGCGAGUUCUCCAUCAGCAUCAUGCACACCAUCCACGUGCUGAGCGCCUAUGCCAGCAUUGGCUCUCUUGUGGGCGUUUUCAAGGAAACCGGUGCCCUCAACCUGCUGAUGGAGCUGCUGUGCCACAAGGAGACCCAGACCAGACGCAGUGCCAGCAAGAUGCUGCGUGCACUGGCGUCACACGAUGCGGGAAGCCGCGCCUACGUCCUCUUGUCCCUCAGCCAGCAGGAUGGAAUUGAACAGCAUAUGGACUUUGACAACCGCUACACACUGCUGGAGCUGUUUGCAGAAACCACCUCGUCUGAGGAACAUGGCAUCUCAUUCGAAGGGAUUCAUCUGCCCCAGAUUCCUGGAAAGCUCCUCUUCUCCUUGGUCAAGCGCUAUUUGUGCGUCACGUCUUUAAUGGACCUGCUGAACUCUGCGGGGACCGAGCCUUGCUCAGAUAGACAGGACAUUGGCGUCUCCACAGCUGUUCCACCCUCGAGCGGCGCGCCCCACUCAGAGCGCCUCUAUAUGGAGCGGGAGUUUGAAUUCACUAUGGCAAUGGCCAACCUGAUUUCAGAGCUGGUGCGGGUCAUGGGCUGGGACCGGAACCGCCAACUGCCCACCAUGGCAGGGGCUGUGGCUGAUGCGGAGUGCCAAGAUGACAGCGGGUCGCGGCCAGUUGUGCGCUCAAUUUUUCAGCCGCGGUUCGGCACUGUGGCGCUCACCAAAGCCGGCGACUCUUCUGCCAAUGCAGCUCCGCUGCUGAAGAAAAACAGUGGCAACGUCUACAAGAGGCGGCCAGAUUUCUCGUCCCGUUCUUCCUACGUAGAGUACGUCCAGGAUCACCUGAAGAGCGGCAUGGCAGUGCGCAUGCUGGAGGACUACGAGGAAGUCGGCAACGGGGAUGUGGGAGAGUUCCGCUACAGUAAUGACGGCUCCCCCCCCGUCCAGGUGUACUGGAGGUCCCUGGGCCGGACCUACUGGGUCCACUGGCACAUGGUGGAGAUCUUGGAUGGAGAUGGCACCAGUCAAGGCGAGAAGGAGACACAAGAAAAGGCCUCCACGCUGGCUGAGACCAUCAAGAUGAUCACAGGCAGUUCCAGCUUUUUUGCCAAACCCCCUGGUGGUCUUUACUCAUUGCCGUACCUACGUAAGGACCCUCCCACCACUGCAGCUGUAAGUCGAGCUGAGUGGUGGGAAGUUCUCUACUUCAUCAAGAAACUGGAAGCCAACCAGCAAGAGGCAGCGAAUGUUCUGCUGCGACAGAGUCUGGAGGAGCAGCUUGUCUUACUGUCCAUAGUACACCAGUACAAGGCGCCAGAGCUUGACAACACCACACUGCUGAGUCUGUCGGUUUCUGGCUCGGUGGUCUGGAAUCUUCUUCACUUCUUGAAGCAGAAACUGCCCCCGACGUGUCUCAGUGACCUGCUUUGCUCAUAUACCUUCUCCAAGUUCUACCUUCAGGAACAAAGAGGGGAACCGGUGCACCUGGACAUCUCUGGCCCAGCUGACUCUACAGGUGUGGACAGUCAGGGCUCAUCGUCUGCCUUGUCCACAAUGGGAUCCGUCUGUAAAAAAGCAAAGAAGGAGCUUCCUGUCAACUCCAGCUGCAACAGCCUGGAGGAGGAGGAGGAGGAGGAGAGUGAGAUCCCCAUAGUGGACGCUGGCAUCUUACCAGACAACCUGGAGGACAAGAUGAAGGUUUACAGUGUUGCACAGACUCAGGGCAGGAAGACGGUUCUGGAAAGGAUGGGGAUGGUUGUGGACAUCCUCCGGAAGAGCUGGACCACAGCGGAGCAUGACCAGCAGCUGGCUGCAGUCCUUGUCCUCACCAAGAUUUUGGAGGACAAGAGUCAGUCCGACAAGAACUUUGGCAGAAGUGACCUUUCUCAGGCUGUCAGAGACAAAGUGGUGAAGCUGCUGGUUGAGCUGUUGGCUUCGUCCAGCCGGAGCCUCCUGCUCUCCACUCUGACGCUGACGCAGCAGCUGAUGCUGCGCUACGAUUGGAGACUUGGUUUUGCCACUGAAGGCGGAGUCAAGGCCGUUCUGGCCUGCAUGCAGGAGCAACCUGCUGACGCUCAAGUGCAGCAGCAAGGGCUAGAGGCAUUGAGGGUCAUCACUGGAGCCAGUAAACAUGACCUGCGCUGUGUGGACAGUCUGCCUCUGUCAGAGCCAGACUCCCAGAUGAUGUUGGAGAUCUUUGCCAGCAUUGGCUCAGCUACUCCACAAGGCACUCACUCCCUCCUGGCUGCCAUCCCAGCUGCAAUCAGCCUCGCCCUGAAGACAAAAGGCUGCAUGCCUGCAGUUAGAAGUGGUCUGCUGGUCCUCAACACGCUGGUGUCCAGUCACAAGGGCCUGGCAGCCCAGCUGUUGGCCUGCGACGUCUCCACUGUCCUGGAGAAGUGUCUGACCUUGUCCCGCUCAGAGACCAUGCUGGCCGUAAUCGUCCUCAACCACAUCUCUGCGCUGCAGCAGCUGGGCAGCAAAGAGGCGCCUUCCCCUCGGCUUGUCUUCAACAAUCGAGAGCUCCAGGUGCUGAUGAUGAGUCUGAAGGAGCUGAAAGCCAUGAAAGAGGUGAUUCAGACCAUAGAGAAGCUACUUUGUGAAGACGGCACACAUCUGGAAGAGGUAACCCACAGUCGGGACAUCUUCCAGGAGCUGGUCCAACUGUUAGAGCAGCAGCGAUCAGACCGGACCGUCUACAUUUCCAUCAUUCAGAUCCUCCUCAAGUUCAUGUACAAGUACGUGGAAGAUGUGCUGCCCUGGCACGAGUGCAUAGAGCCCUGCGUUUCCUCUCUGUCCUCCUUCCUUAGCGACCGGGAGGUCUUGCAGCUGUUGGUGCAAUUCCUCUACCAGCUGGCGUCUCUGAACAAAGACUAUGCUGUGGUCAUGAGUCGCCUGGGAACCAAAGAGCUUCUGCUGAAAGUCCUGGACAAACAUGGCUCUGGCCUGCCACUGGUGGCUGAGCUGCAAGACCUCAUCUCUGACUGUGAGAAGUAUGCUGCCCUCUACAGGAAGAUGACCACCAGUGUGCUGGCCGGCUGCAUACAGAUGGUUCUGGGUCUGGUGGAAGACCACCGGCGUAACCACCUCCCCAUCAACAUCCCCUUCUUUGAUGUCUUCCUCAGGAACCUGUGUCAAGGGUCUAGUGUGAAGGUGAAGGAGGACAGGUGUUGGGAGAAAGUGGAAGUCUCUUCGAAUCAUCAUCGGGCAAACAAACUGACGGAUAAAAACCCUAAAACCUACUGGGAGUCCAACGGUUGCACUGGCUCCCACUUCAUCAACAUCUUCAUGCACAAAAGCGUUGUCAUCAGACAACUGAGCAUCCUAGUGGCCAGUGAGGACUCCAGCUACAUGCCAGCCAGGAUUGUGGUUCUGGGGGGAGAUAACCCCUCCAACAUUGACAGAGAACUCAAGACCGUGAACGUGGCUCCGUCUGCUAGUCGUGUGGUGCUGUUGGAAAACAUGACGCGCUUUUGGUCCAUCAUACAGAUCCGGAUAAAGCGCUGUCAGCAGGGUGGUAUCGACACUCGCAUUCGUGGGAUCGAGGUCCUGGGUCCCAAGCCAACAUUUUGGCCUGUGUUCAAGGAGCAGCUGUGCUGCCGCACUUUUCUCUUCUACAGAAUCAAAGCCCAGAGUUGGUGUCAGCAGGUGGAAGAGGAUCGGAGCCAGCUUCUGCACCUCUUCAAUAAGUUGAACUCUGCUCUUAGACAUGAGCAGACAUUUGCGGAGCGAUUUCUGCCAGAUGCAGAAGCAGCCCAAGCUCUGGGCCGGACCUGUUGGGAAGCUCUGAUUGUUCCCAUAGUAACGUGCAUCACACUGUCAGAAUCCUCUGCACCCAGUCCAUUGUCCUGGUUGCUGAGCGAGUACCUGAAACACUGUGAUGCAUCCUGGCGCAGCAGGAGCCGUGCCGCCAUCUUUAAUUCCCGCGUGAGGCGUCUGACUCACCUGCUGGUCCACGUGGACACACGGCAGGGAGAAAGCGAAGAGCUCAGGCCUCCAGUCAAGUCAAAUGCUAAAGAAGCCAGAAACAGAGACGCGGCCGCCUUGUCUUCUUCAGCGCAGAGCUGUGUGAAGAGCUGCAGCAGCAGUGUCUCUUCCAUUGCCCUCUGCUGGCAGGGAGUGGUUCAGCAACAGGUUAAGGCGUUUCUAGAUGCGAGCAGCAGACUGCCGGACUUUGUGGAGCAGUACGUCACCCUACACCGGAGGCUGAAGAACUCGAUGGAAGAGCUGUUUGGCCAGCAGACGCCUUUUCUACUUGCCCUACGCCAAGGUUUCUCUGCGGCGCUUCUGCAGCUGUCCCUGAUCCAAGCCAUGGAUGUCAGCGAGCGCUUUGCUCACUACAUGGAUGAACUGAUCCAAGCGAGCAGUGUUGAGUGGAGCAGCGGUAGCAGAUGUCUGGAGCGGCUGCAGCACUUUCUGGAGCCGCUUCUCUUCCUGUCAGGUCUGGAGCUGGCCAGCACAUUUGAACACUUCUACAGGUACUACAUGGGAGACCGACUUCUGAUGUUGGGCAACACUUGGCUGGAAGCUUCUGUGGUGGAGCGAAUCGGCAGCUGCUUCCCAAACCGCUUCCCUCAGCAGAUGUUGAAGAACUUGAGCCAGUCGUCUGACCUGCAGCAGGAGUUCCACCUCUACAAACUGCAGCAGCUGGACUACAGUCUGCAAGACACGGUGAUGGAGGACUGGGCCACCUCGCAGGAAGAGGCCGACGUGCAGGUCCUGGUUCUGUCCCCUCAUUGCUGGGCCAUCUCCUCUCACUGUUUCCUGGAUAAGCCUGCAAAUCACUUUCCGGCUGAACUAUGCACAUACUUGGAGCAGUUCUCAGAGUUCUACAUGCACAGUCAGGCUAUGUUCAGUCCAGAUCACUCCCAGCCACGACGGCUCCAGUGGACUUGGCUUGGUCACGCUGAGCUGACUUUUGGAUCCUGGACUUUCCAGGUGUCAACACUCCAGUUGUUUCUGCUGCUGCUGUUCAACACACGACAAGAAGUGAGUGUGAGCUCUGUGUUGGAGGAGCAAAGGCUGAACUCUGCCGUCCUACUUCAUGCUCUACGUCCACUUGUCAAGGAGGGAGGCCCCCUGACCUGCAGUGACCCUGACGACCUCACUAUGGGCAUGUUGCGGUUGAGUCAGCAGGUGACAUCUGUGAGUCAUGAAGGAGUCGGGAAAUACCUUCGGCUUCUGCCCGGGCAAACCUACCUUGAUGUGGAUCAGGACGCCGCAGACACUCUGGAGAGGAGGAGAAACCUUCUCUACUGUCGCAUCGUCCUCAUCAUGAAACAGGAAAAGAGGCUGCACAUUGACAACCUGGUCUACAAGGUGCUUGACUGGUGUCAGAAACACUCGGCACGAGACAACGCGGCCGGCGGGCGCUUUGGCUGCAGCAGCGGAGACGUCCUGUCCUGCAUCCUGCGCGUCAUCUGCCGAGGAUGCAUCCGGCGUAACCAGGACAACCCGCACAUCCUGGAGUACCUGCCCCAAGACCCUCCCACGCCCAGCAAAGGACACGCCCACUUGUCCUUCUGCCAGGCCCCAGACAGCAAGGAGGGCCAGCAAGUCAGCCCGGGCCCGUUGGAGGACGCCGUCCUGGACGGGCUGCUGUUUUCAGUGGGUCGAACCAUGUCCAAGGAUGAAGUUCACCAGCUCAUGCAGAGGACAGUCCAGCAGGUUUCCGAGACUCUGGGAGUUGAGUGGGAUUGGGCCGAACACUUGCUGGUUUUUUAUAAGUGGAACGUGGACCUGCUGGUGGGCCGGUACACAGAGGACCCAGACGCUCUUCUCCUGGCAGCCGGACUUCGCAUUAGAAACCCAGAGGCAGCCGUCCCCGCCGCCUCCACCUGCCCCGUCUGUCUGAGCGCCCGAGGCGGCGCCACGGAGCCGGCGCCCUCCCUCAGCUGCAGGCACUACUGCUGCAGGUCCUGCUGGAAGGAGUACCUCUCAGCUCGGAUCGAGCAGAACCUUGCCAUGAACUGCAAGUGUCCCAUCACAGACUGUCAGGCGCGACCCACCUCCCAUUUCUUCUUUCGUGUCCUGACGGAGCGGGAGGUGGUGCUCAAGUACAAGGCUGCCCUGCUGCGCAGCUACGUGGACAGCUGCUCCAACCUGACCUGGUGCACCAAUCCUCAGGGCUGCGACCAAAUUCUCUGUCAGGAGAACAUGAGCAACACGGGAACCUGCAGCAAAUGCUGCUGGUCCUCCUGCUUCAGCUGCAACUUCCCGGAGGCUCACUACCCCGCCAGCUGCGGCCAUAUGUCCCAGUGGAUGGACGACGGCGGCUUCUACGAGGGGAUGAGUGCGGAGGCUCAGAGCAAACACCUGGCCAAGCUCAUCUCAAAGCGCUGUCCAAGCUGUCACGCCCAGAUCGAGAAGAAUGAAGGCUGUCUUCACAUGACCUGCGCCAAGUGCAACCAUGGCUUCUGCUGGCGCUGCCUGAAGCCCUGGAAGCCCACGCACAAGGACUACUACAACUGCUCUGCCACGACCAGCAAAGCAGCGCGACACGAGAAGAAGUUUCAGGAUUUCAACGAGCGCUGCACCUUCCAUCACCUGGCAAAGGACUUCAUUGUAAGUUUGGAGAAGAAGGUUUCCUCCAUCAGUGAAGCUCUACAGAUGAAGAAUCUCACCUUCGUCAUAGACGCCUGUAAAAACCUGAGCCAGGCUCGGAAGGUUUUGUCGUACUCGUGUGUCUACGGUUUUUACAAUCAGGACUCGGAGAAGGAGAAGGUGGAGGUGAUGGAGCAGCAGACUGAAGCUCUGGACUUGCACACCAAUGCGCUGCAGAUCUUGCUUGAAGAGACCCUGCUGCGCUGCCCAGACACUGCCACCUGCAUCCGCCUGCUCAAGUCGGAGCACCUGGAGACCGGACUGGAACUGCUGCGCCGCCUGAGGGAGCGGCUGCUGGCCAUCCUGCAGCACUCCACUCAGGACUUUGGGCUUGGUUUUCAGUUGGAAAAUAGUCAGGGAGCGGAGUGCAGUCAGUCUGAGGAAGCCUCGAACCACAGCAAUACCAACAAGUUGGCAGAGAGGGAUUCGGACUCUGGAGAGUCGUGCAAUAACAACAACCGCGGUGGGGAGGAUGCGGAUGGUCAGGACCAGGACGACGAUGACGAAGAUGAUUAUGACGAGGACUACGUUCCCGAGUGGCAUGAGGACUAUGAUGAGGAAGAGAUCGAUGAGGACGACCUCUUUUCUGAGGAGGAGGAGGAGUCUGAUAAUAUGGAACUGGACUUGAGCCCCUUUCACUGAGGCAGUGUUCUGUCGGGCUCUGGUCUGCGCUUCCGCUUCAGCUUGUGAUCAAGAGCUGCUUUGAAUCUGAGUUAGAAAGUCUGAGGUUUCAGCUUCCAUCAGUCCCCAUGUGUUUGACCUGACAUUUUGCUUUCCCCUCGUUCACUUCCCGCUCUUUCUGUUGUCGACUUGUUUACCUGUGAUUGAUGAAUAAACCUGUUGGCUCCUCCGUCACGACUAUGACUAGACGGUCUUAACGUCCCAGUUGGCCUCAUUUCUUCGAGCACUUAUGUUCCCAUGGAACCAUGCUGAGUUACAACUCAAAAGAUGGAAUAAAAGGACAUUUUCUCUCAAAUUCAA